GAAGGGUGCCCGGCGCGCCUGCGCAGGGGGAUUCCGCCAGGCCCGCCGGACAUUAACAUGGCGCCCUAGGUCCGCCGCGCCAGCGCCACCGCGGGCGACCGAGGCGGCCGCCGCCAUCAUGUCCCGGCACAGGAACGUCCGAGGCUAUAACUACGACGAAGACUUUGAAGAUGAUGAUGUGUAUGGCCAAUCAGUAGAAGAUGAUUAUUGCAUUUCUCCUUCAACAGCAGCUCAAUUUAUCUACUCCAGACGAGACAAACCAGCAACAUUUGCUGAACCAUUAGAAGAAGAAUAUGGCUAUGAAGGUGCAGAUGAUACUGCUGAUUAUUUUACAUCCAAUCAUCAGCUGACUGAAGUUGAUAGAGCCCGUCUUAAUUCAUGCCUUGAUCAAAUGAGAGAAGUUUUGGCAGAGUCUGUGCCAGAGCAAACAAUGGUGCAAGCAGUACUGGAUAGUAAAUUUGAUGUACAGAAGGCUUUGGAUCUUGUGCUUUCACAAGGCAGUAAGAAAAAUGUGAAGACCAAGAAUGAGAACGCUGUGAUUGUAGGAAACACAACAAAAGGAGACUUAUUUUGUUCUCUGGAAAUGUGUAUUGAUACAGACAAUUUCUCUUGUGCAGUAGAAAAUGUUGCUGACAACACCAACAAACCUGGGUUUGGAAACUUGACAGCCAAAAGUGGUUCCGCUUGUUACUCUUUAGUUACAAAUGACAAAAUGCUCCUUAAUGCUGAAAAAUCCAAUAUACCUUCAUCUGAAAGGAAAGGAUUGAAAUCCCCUUCGUUUGUUCUGUCAUCUUCUUUCAGUGAUGAUUUGUGUAAAGGAUCAUUUUGUGAACCCAUGAAUAAACAGGCAGAGAAUCAACUACAAGAAAGUGCUAAUGCAGUAAGUUCGAUUCCUGACAGUGAAGAUGUUCACUUUAGCAUAGGAAGUAACCCAUCUGGAAAGUCUUCCUUUAAGAAGUUGGAAUGCAAUGAAACACAGGACUUGAAAUCCUUGCUGAUGCAGAAUGUGGUUUGUGAUUCUCUGAGUCCUGAAGACAGCAUUCCUCUUGUUUCCUCAAGUCCUUCUGAUUGUAAUAGUAAUGCAGAUUUUUACAGUCCUCCAUGUUUAACAAGUGCUUUAGGAAAAUUGGCUCUUGCUAACGAAGUCAGUCAUACUGUAAAUAGGAAGAAUGAACUUCUUGAAAAUUCUUCUUCACUUGUGCAAAGUAGAAAACAAGAAAGCCCCUCUUCAGACAUGGCUGCUUUGUCAGUGUUAAGGUCUGGAAGUACAUCAUUGGCUGACUUACUUCAGGAGCACCAGGAAAGUAGUGCUAGCCACUGUUAUUCUUUGAUUGAUCUUUAUACCCAGUCAAUAGCAAGUCUCACUGAUAUGAAAUUGGGAACCUCACCAUUAUCACAACUAGUAAGUCAACCCCAAACUUCAUGUGGGAUGCCAGAGCUAACAGGAUCUUUGUCUUCUCUAGUCCUCUCUAAAGUUUCUCCACUAAAGGAGGUUGAGAAUUUAUCACUCUCAGAUUUAAUAGCAGAGACUAUCGAAAUAGAUAAAACUCAAGAACAGACAGACUUCCCCAUGCUCAGUGUAACUGAAUUGAGGCCCUCUGAAAGAACUAACAUUGAUUUAAGUGUCCUUGUAAAAAAUGCAGAUGUAUCUGCAGAACAAAAUGUGGUGAGACAGUCAAAUAUCUUAAGCCCUGAAACUAAACUUUUAAAAGAAAAACAAGGAAAAUGUUCUGGUUUUGCCAAAACAAAUAAAAAACCCAGAAGAGGGCUUAUUCCUAAGAGGCAGGAUUUGUCCCUUUCAUGGAUGAAGGCGCUGUGUGCAAGACCGUCAGCUUUUGCUUUAACCUUGUGUCUCCGUUAUCCUCCAAAAGGUUAUAAGCGGCGCACAAUUGGUAUACAUAAAGCUUUCCUAUACAGUAGACAAGUACAAGACGUAAAACCUAAGGAAACUGGUCCUAUAAUAACCAUAACACCAUUUGACUUCAAAUCAGCUUCUCCUGAUGAUAUUGUGAAAGCUAACCAAAAAAGGGCUUUUACAAGACAGUAGUGCAAAAAAAAAGGAAAAAAAAAAAAUCAUGUUUAUAGCUUGGUAUAUUAAAAAAAAAUUCAUUAUUUAGGACCUAUUUAUACUACAGAAUUGAAUUUUUUUAUUUUUUUAACUGACAUGUUACAGUUCUCACUGGUAGCAAAUUUGUAUGUGAACUUUUAAGCUGUUGCACUGAGUAUCUUUAUUUUUGCCUAAUUUUCACUGACAAUUUAACAUUUUGAACUUUUGCAAAGUCUUGAACUUUAGUAUAUAGAUAUUGUAUGUACAAAAUUCUAUAAACACCAUUAGACUUCUUGAAACAGCUCUAGGUAUUGAAGAUACAGUUCAUUGGGAAGAACACUGAAUUAUUAUUUUGUAAAGUAGUUUAGUUGUGCUAUAUGGUGUACAGUUUGGGGAGUGGGAGCCUUAGUUCAUAUUACGACUGUUUUAUUAAAUGUUCUUAAAGUUAGAUUUUCUCAUAAGGUAUGUUAUUAAACUGCUAGUCUUGUAAUUGAUAUUUCCAGUCAAUGUCAUUAUUCUCUUCUAUCUUUAUACUGAUUACUAUUACAACAGAAAUACCUUUAGUUUUUAAAAGCCUCACUAACCUCAGGUUUUGACAGUUUUAGCUGUGGUAGGACAUGUAUAGUUUUUGAUAGGACCAAAUUUGUAGGGGAGCAAGCAAUUAAAAUUGUGUUCUCCUCCUCUCCAAUCAGCUGUCAAAACAUGAUAUUCAGAAUUUUAAAACAGCUAUUUUGUAAGCAUAUACUUGUUGCGUGUAUUUCAUGAGAAGUUUCACUAGCAUUCUAUGGUUUAUUCUCAAGUCUUUCAGAAAAGUAUUGGAAUAACAGUUCUUUCAACUUUAGCAUGAGAGUCUUUGCUCAAUGGAAAAAAAAUUUGGGCAAAGUGUAAGUGCUGUUUGUGUCUGCCUCUUGUCUGUUUUGAAGAAAGCUUCCUUUAGUAAUGGAAAUAUAGUGUCUUCUACUGUUUGCACCCAUUGCUGUUACUUUGAAUCUUUAGAUGGAAGAUCAGAAUCAGGACAUUCUGGAUUUAUUUUUUUAUCUGAUAAUUACUAGAUUGUGGUGCCCCUGUUAGUCAGAUUAGUUACUGCAUGUAUGUUUCAAUUUUCCUUUUACUACACAUUACUACUUUUAAUAUAUUUCCAGUGUCAAUGUCAGUAUUUUAGAUGCUGAACAGCAAGAAGUGCAAUAAAGGUACUGCUGCAACUAGAAAAAUAUGUUUGUUCAUAUAGUGCCAUACACUUAUUCAUGCUAAGUUUGGCAGCUAGUAUGAAACAGUAGAUACAAUUUUCAUCUUGUUUUAAUCUAAUUUUUAUUGAGCAUGUUACAUCAAAAAGAAGGCAAAAACUAGGUUUAUUCCUGACUUCAGGUUGCACUACAAUUUUGUUUCUAAAUAAAAAAUAAAACAUCUUCCAGUGCUCUCAGGUACAAAAUCCAUGUUCUGUAUAUUUUGUUUGUUUGUUUGUCUAGUUGAUGCUAUUGUCAUUUAGGACUAUGAGCAGUGUGACCUCUGACCUUUUGAAUGAAAUUAAUGUUUCUUACCCUUGCUAAUAAAAAUUUUAUAUGACAGUGCUGCAGUGUUUAUGUUCUAGUUGACAUGUUAAUCCAGCCAUCUGUAUCCUUGCCUAUUUUGAGUGCCUUAAAGCAUUGAAGUGUAAAUAAUACAAUCCAGUGUACAUACUAUGAUCUGAUAAGUUCAUGAGCAGGAGCAUAAUUGGUUUAUUUCCUCAGAGGACUUCCUGUAGAAGUCUGGCUGGUACUGAUUGUAUACUGGUUGUUUUAUUAAUUAGUCUUAAUAGCAAAUUCUGCUUUUUGGACAAUAUAAAAUGCUUUUCAGUGAUCAGUUUCUCUGUAGUUAGUCCAAAUAUUAACUUCCCACUGCAUAAAAGGCCAAGUCUGUUUUUCCACUGAGGCAAAAUGUCCUAUUUGGAGAGUUUAUAAGUGAAGUUCAGUUUUUCCAGAAAUGUGUGUAUUCUUCUAGUAGAGAAAUUCUAACUUUUAAAAGUAAAAUGUUAGUGCAAAGUUUGGCAUCGUCAUACCUGGUGUUUUUUUAGGUGGUUUCGCUUUCUUAUGUUCCAAAUACUCUUGAGGCCCUAAUUAACGUAUGUAGAGAUUUCUAAUACAUGCGGGUUUUUUUAAAUUUUCAUUGAAUAGCUUUGGUUUUCCCUCUGAAUUUUUUCUCUUAUUCUUGUUGAACUUCUCUUUGGUUUUGGUCUGUUUUCCCAUUCCCCUGGCUGCUCUUCUUUGCAUAAAACUUCUUAGCAUUUUUAAAAAUUCUGGAGCCUGAACUGGACAUACACCUAAAUGUAUGUGCUAUGGAUUCCAUUGGAAAGUAUGUACAAGUAGUAGGUGGCAAUGUGUAGUACCUGGAGCUCAGUUUUGCCAUAGGUUUCAUGCAGAUUAAAGUUCGAACAAGUGACUGAAGCCAGAGGGCAUGAGCAUUAUAUGUUUAUCGCGGAUCUUACUGUGGGAUUGAUACCUUAGUAGACAACUUUGGAUCUUGUUAGGUAGCUAGAUUUUCAUAUAUAAAUACUUUUUCAUUUGCAUUUGUCUCAGUGUUGUUAGUGGUCUUGAAGAAGCAAUACAUGCUGUUCACUGUGUAAGGAAUAAGGGAGGGAUUUUUCUUCAGUUCGCAAACCUGAAUCCUGAAGUGAGCCUUGAAUUAGUACAGACCUGCAGGCUGAGCACUGCAGAAGGUGCCUAAGUGGUGGAUAAACCUGUAUUCCAAUUAAUUUUCAGCAGAGAUUAUUUAUUUCCAUGCUUGGAAAAUUUAACAGUUUUGUUUUUAUAAACAAAAGGUAAUGUAUUACUGUAUUUGCUUUUUAAAUGAAACGGGUAUUUUAAUAAUUUCCUUAAUUAUUCCUUAAUUUCUUUACUGAGAACUGGGUUUGUGUCAUAAUGACAGGUUUGUCUUAGGAUACUGCAUGAUAUUAUGGUAUGUGGCAUUUUUGUAUAACAAGUCUGUGUUUGGCCUUUGCACUGAAGUGUUUCUGCUUAAUGAAUGUUAGAAUUCUUGUUAACUGAAUCUGUCUAUUUUAUGCUUAACACAGUGAGCUUAUUUUAUUGAUGUAUGUAUAUAACUUUUUUCCCCCAUUUCACAUCUAGUGUGUAUCUUUGUCUAAUACGGGUUAAUUUUGUUACUUGUUUUGGAAUUCACAUAUUAACAUUGCAAAGUACUUGUGCCUGUGUUUGCAUAUGGACAUAAAAAAGACAAUAUUAAACUACAUAGACAUACUACUUCUGGUAUUCAGACUGUAUACUCCUAGGAUAUUUUGUAUUAAGUUUAUUUUGUACAUAAUUUUUAAGUGGCUGCUGAAUAUUUUUAAUACAGAAUUGACUUCCAGACGUUGCUUUAUGUACCUAAAUAAAAUGCAUAUUCUUAAA